AUGGAGCCGGAAGUCGCUGACCUGGUCAUUAUUGGCGCGGGCUGGCACGGCCUCGCCGCCGCCAAAACCGCCCUCGCGCUCGAUCGCAGCAUUAAUCUCGUCGUUCUAGAUUCCGCCGCAUCAGUGGGCGGUGUCUGGGCAGAGGAGCGGGUAUACGAGGGACUCCGGACGAAUAACCGAGUAGAGUCGUACGUGUAUAGCGAUUUUCCCAUCCAGCAGGCUCCUACCGUGCCUGAUCUUGUGAAGCCCGGUGAACAUAUGUCGGGGAGAGCAGUUCAUGAGUAUCUAAAAGCGUACGCGAACCAUUUCGGGAUUCUUGAGAGGGUCAGAUUCAACUGCAAGGUGGAGACUGUGGAGUACGCCGAGGGAGUUGGAGUUGGGGAGGGAAAAGUGUGGAUUAUUCGAUGCACAACAGCAGCCGCCGGAGGGGCAGGGGCAGGGGCAGGACGCGCGGAGCGGGAGGGCUGUAUAUGGACGACGCGGAAACUCAUUCUGGCAACGGGGCUUACAUCGCAACCGCGGAUCCCCACGUUCGUCGGACAGGGCUCGUUCGGUGCGCCGCUGUUUCACGUCAAGGAGUUUGCUUACUAUCAAGACACCCUCUUCGCCAACAAGCCAGCAGGAGGAGAUCAAGGCGAAAAUACUCGUCAUGACCGCGCAGCACCAAUCGCAGUCCUCGGCGGAAGCAAAUCAGCCUGGGACGCCGUCUACGCCUGCGCAUCACAGGGCCACCAGGUGAACUGGAUCAUCCGAGCCUCCGGGGCUGGCCCCUCGUGGAUGACUCCCGCUGCUGUUUUCUCACCAUUAAACCUCCUCCUCGAGAGCCUCCCUCUCGUUCGGGCACUGGGCGUAUUUAGCCCUAGUAUCUUGGUGAGCAAUCCAAUCCAUAGAUUCUUGCAUGGCACGUGGCUCGGCCAGGUGAUUGUACGGCUAUUCUGGGCUUCGCUCGAGUGGGAUAUGCUACGGGCGAAUCAGUAUAAUAAUCAUGAGGAGACGGCCAAGUUAAGACCAUCAUACAAGCUACUUUGGGCGGGGACUGCGGUGGCAAUUCUAAAUUUCCCAGGGGAUUUCUUUGGUUUAGUUCGGCGGGGGUUGGUCAAGGUGCACAUUGCUGAUGUUGAGCGACUCGAGGGGAAGAUCAUCGUUCUAUCGAAUGGGGAGAGGCUAAACACGAGAGGACUGAUUCUAUGCACGGGUUGGAAAGCGUCCUCGGGCAUUCGCUUCUUACCAGAUGGAAUUGAACAGGAGCUUGGCUUCCCGUGGACCACCGACUCGUUAGAUCAGCAGGACCUCGUGAAACAAACCUGCCAGGAGCUGUACACUCGCCUGCCCAUGCUCCAAACCGCCCCAGCCAGAAGAAUGUACCGCGCAAAGGACGCGCAGGGCGAACAUAUCAAUGAGACAGUCCUACACCCCUUCCGUCUUGCGCGCUUCAUGGUUCCCCCGAAGCUAUGGGAUGACCACAGCAUCGCUAUCCUCGGAACCGUAACCACCUUCAACACACCGCUUGUCACCGAAGUGCAAGCUCUGUGGGCGCUCGUCUACCUGAACCACAGCUCUGAACUUACCCGACACCAUCCGCAGGACAAAGAGUCUGCACUCCGCGAGGCAAUACUACACUCUGAAUUUGUUGCUCUGCGGUCACCAACAAAUCAUGGGUCACGGAACGCGGAUUUUGUCUUUGAGGUCCUCCCUUAUUUAGAUAUACUGCUUAGGGACUUGGGUCUGCGGACGGCGAGGAAGGGGUCCUGGUGGAGGAAUCUGUUCGUCCCACAUCAGCCAAGGGAUUACGCGGGGCUGGUGGAGGAGUGGAAGGCGCGAGUACCUAGCCCCGAGCCGGGAGGAAAGAUGAAGGCUGCUUAG